AUGGUUGGUCCACCCGUCAGCGCCCGCGAUCGCCUUUGUCACCAGCACGCCCCGCUGAUCUCGCCUCCGGACGAGGACAUAGUCCAGCAGGUGCUAUUGACGCGACCGAGGAUGCCUCCAGGUGGCCUUCUCUCGCUCCGGCGGACAAAAGAAGGUGUUCGUCAGGAUGAGGCGGUGUUCUGCGCAGGUGCGGAGAAGCAGCAGACCAUUGUCGUUGGAGCCGCGGAGACCGUGGGGACUGAGCACUCCUCUCCAGGCAGUAUGGUCUGUGCCGGCGCGGGCGUUGAAGUCACCAAGGACAAUCAACUUGUCCGCCUUCGACACAGUCGCCAAGAGGGCGUGCAGGUCCUCGUAGAAUUUGUCUCUGACGGCGUCGGGGUUGGUCAUCGUCGGAGCGUAGGCGCUGAUGAUGGUGGCGAAUUUGUCUCCCCAGAGAGGCAGGAGGAUGCUCAUCAGGCGAUCGUUUAUGCCCUUUGGCAAGCAGGGCAGUCGUCCCACGAUGUCUUUAAAUGGCGAAGGCGACACCCGCGUCUUGUCGCUCUGCCCUGGGCCGACCACUCCAGAAGAAGGUGUAGCCGGCACCCAUCUCCUCCAGUUGGCCUUGUUCGGAGAAUCGAGUCUCACUGA